AUUUUACUUUUUAGUUUCGCGAGAUUUUAAACAAAAGCAAGCAAAAAAGAAUGAUUACAUACUAAUUUACUCGAUUAUUCUUGUGUUUAUUACUGAUAUAAACAUUUAAUUAAUUAAAAAAAAGUAUCCCAUUUUUGUGUUUAAUAUAUCUUCACCCCAAUUUUAGUUAACGAGAGUUGUCAACAGUAGCUCCCAGUGGUACUGAAACUGAUACUGUGAUUGGAAUCAGGAAACCCUAAAUUGGGUCAAUAGCAUGCAGCAGGGAGGAGGAUCCGACACGGAAGUGACAUGGGAGGACCAGCAGAACAUCAAUAAGUUCGGAAGAUUGAACAAUCGCUUUCAUGAGCUCGAGGAUGAGAUCAAAAUCGCCAAGGAAACAAAUGAUAAUUUGGAAGAUGCGAGCAAUGAGUUGAUUCUCACAGAUGAAGAUGUGGUUCGGUUUCAAAUAGGUGAGGUCUUUGCACAUGUGCCAAAGGAUGAAGUCGAGAAUAGGAUAGAAAACAUGAAAGAGGUGACAAGCCAGAAACUGACAAAGCUUGACGAGGAGAAACAAUCUGUGGUUGCUCAGAUGGCUGAACUGAAGAAGAUUUUGUAUGGCAAGUUCAAGGACUCGAUCAAUCUUGAGGAGGAUUAGUAGCUUUCUUGUUCAUAGGUCUUUUUGGGUUGAUUUGAACUCUAUUGGACUUUGGGAAUUUUUCAAUCAGAUUGUCCGAUGUUUUAUUUCAUUUCAUGUUUAGAGUAUUUUCUUGCUUGUAAUCUAGUGGAAAUGGACCUCCUUUUCUUCAUGUCUUUGGUUUCAUUAUUCUCUGUCAUUUUCUUCUCUAGUUGAUCGAUCCUAAAGAAAAUCUUUAAUCACCUUUGUUGAUUAUGACUAUGAAAAAUCUGUCACUUUGGAUAAGUAACAGCGAGAGCGGCAUGUGUUUUAGUUGCAUUA